AUGCCUCGAGAAAUAGUCACUGUUCAGUUGGGCCAAUGCGGUAACCAAAUGGGUUCCGUGUAUUGGCAACGUUUGUGCGCUGAACACGGCAUUAACAAAGAAGGUAUCCUAGAGGAGUGGGCCACUGAGGGCGGCGAUCGCAAGGAUGUUUUCUUCUAUCAAGCAGACGAUGAGCAUUACAUCCCACGUGCAAUUCUAGUUGAUUUGGAGCCUCGAGUGAUUAACGGGAUUCUCUCUUCGCCGUAUGCAAAUCUCUAUAACCCUGAGAAUAUUUUUGUAUCUCAAGAUGGAGGCGGUGCAGGAAAUAACUGGGCUCAAGGGUACGCUGCGGGGGAGCGAAUAUAUGAGGAAGUGAUGGAAAUGGUAGAUCGGGAAGCGGAAGGGAGCGAUUCUCUGGAAGGCUUCAUGUUGAUGCACUCAAUAGCUGGUGGUACUGGAUCAGGACUGGGCUCAUUCUUGUUAGAGCGGCUAAAUGACAAGUUUCCCAAGAAGCUGAUUCAGACCUACUCGGUCUUUCCGAACGCACAAGAGGGAGAUGUCGUCGUACAACCAUACAAUGCGUUGCUAACGCUUAAACGCCUUACGAACCAUGCUGACUCCGUAGUCGUUCUCGACAAUGGUGCUCUUGCGCGGAUUUCCGCCGACAGGCUGCAUGUCCAGACACCCUCAUUUGAUCAAACGAAUCAACUAGUGUCAACUGUCAUAGCAGCUAGUACACAAACACUACGAUACCCCGGAUACAUGAAUAACGACCUCGUCGGUAUCAUUGCUUCACUCAUCCCAACUCCCCGAUGCCACUUCCUUAUGACCUCUUAUACACCAUUCACAAGCGACCAGAUUGACAAGGCCAAACCAAUCAGAAGGACCACGGUGUUGGAUGUAAUGCGACGACUUCUUCAACCCAAGAACCGCAUGGUUUCGACAACACCCAGCAAGACUGCAUGCUAUAUAUCCAUACUAAACAUUAUUCAAGGGGAUGUAGACCCCACCGAUGUUCAUCAAUCGCUACUGCGCAUACGAGAACGGCAGCUCGCAAACUUCAUUCCGUGGGGUCCCGCAUCGAUUCAAGUAGCAUUGACACGCAAAUCGCCAUACAUCGCGACGAACCACCGUGUAAGCGGUCUGAUGCUGGCUAACCACACCAGCAUUGCUUCCCUCUUCAAGCGCAUGAUCGAUCAAUUCGACCGAUUGCGGAGACGGAAUGCCUUCUUGGAGCAGUACAAGAAAGAGAAGAUGUUUGAGAAUGGAUUGGAGGAAUUUGAUGAUGCAAGAGCUACCGCUGAAGAGCUGCUGAAAGAGUAUAAGGCUUGCGAGAGUCCUGACUAUAUUACUUACGGUUCUCAUGAUGCAGAGCAAGCUGCCUGA